CCAAUUCCACUGUGCCCGACUUGCGGACGACUUCAUCGGGGAGAGUGCCAUGUGGGUCAGGAUAUCUGCUACUACUGCCACGAGCCGGGACAUUUUGCGAGUCGCUGUCCGAAGAGACUCCAGCAGCAGCCUCAGCAGCCACCACAGCAGCAGCAGCCACGUCAACAAGCACAGAGUCCGCCUCAGCAGCAGCAGCAGAGGGGCAGACAGCAGGCCUGGGUUUACGCGGUUGAUCAGGCAGAGGCAGCACAGCAGCCAGGUACUAUGUCAGGGAUGGUUGUUCUCAAUGAUAUUCCUGUGUUUGCUUUAUUCGGUACUGGAGCAACACAUACUUUCAUUUCACGACGAUGUCUCGAUGCCAUCGGAGUUCACGCCAUUACUGCUGUCGAUCCUCUCGAGAUGAGUUUAGCCUCGGGACGAAAGAUAGUGACCUCAGCUAAAGCCUCAGAUCUUAGCCUUUCCAUCGGUGGCCGA